CAAACGCAUCAAUGGAUCAAACGGACUGCAUAGUACAUGUGUUGAAAAAUGUUCCCAAUUUAUUAUACUAACUCGAUUUGGUUAAAAAAUAUGUUUAUUAUUAUUAUUUGACAAGUGUUUCCAAGAUGUUCAUGAGCUUCAAAGUAGUGGGCUCUUCCCAAUGAAAUUACCUUCCUGUAAAGACUGUUAUACUAAUACUAUUUGUCACUUUUUUAAAGAAGUAGCUAAAUAUUAUAUAGAUAUAGAGUAAUCCUGUUUGCAUUUGAUGAUGAUUCAAACCACAAAUUUUGGAAAUUGAUUUUUUUACUUCUUAAUAAACCCUCUGACCACUGCAUUUUAUUCCUGAAGUUAACCUUUGACCUCUCCUCCUCAUAUCAUAAUGGCCACUCUUUGUAGUGGGUGUAGAAUCAUAGUGACAUGUGGUCACAUUUUAGCCAAAAUCUAUUAAAAACACUUUCAAAUAAACUUUAGAAUUCUUUUGACUUUAAAAGUUAAGGUGCUUUGAUUUUCUGUCAGAAAAUGUCACGUAUAACGUGAAAUUCUGCAGAUUCAAAGGGGGGAAAAAAGUGAACUGAUUGCGUCGAAUUCCGGUAGCCUCAUUCUAUUUCGUGUCUCUCGUGUUUAACGUGUCUCCAUUUUUUUCUCUCCUUAGAAGGAAGGAUAUCGCUGCGGGGAAAAUGAUCUGACAGGAGAAAGGAGAAGCGUUCAAAGUUAGAAGUGAAAAGCAUCGUGCAGAGAGAGCGGAUUGCUCUCUUGGGAGGCGGGAGGGGAGGUAACUCAGGCAGAUGGGAUUGGGGUAGUUGUUGUCAGUCAAACAGUUGCUCACAAGCGUAGCUGUAUUGUUUACUUUGUCGGUUUUUGUAGGUGCAGCCAGACCAAAUGGAAUUACACUCACAUGAAAUGACUCAUGCAAAAUUCACUUAAAGUAAUUGAAUCCUGGCGUUUCCUCGGUUUCAGUUUCAUCAGUUCCUGAGUUCGUAUUUGUAUCUAAAAAAAGGCAGACGGGGUUUUCAGUGUAUUCCUCUCGUGUAUUCAUUUUUAAGAUUCUUUCGAGAAAUAUCUUGAUAUGAGCAGACAGAUGGCAGAAUUUAUUUAAUGUAUUUUCAAGUCCAUGAUUUGUCGUUUUAAAAAUAAUUUUCCACAUUUUUUAAGAGCUGAAAAAGCGAGGGUCCUGUCGUGUGUGCAGACAAACACAGGUGAUCUGCAGUUCAGGCAGAUGUGUUGCAGUGAAAAUGGUGGGAGAGCAGCUGGGCAGGGCAGGACUUAAUAGACCAAUGACAUCAUCCUCAGAGAGGGAGAGCAGUGAAAGGAAGCGGUCCAGCUCAGAGGAAGAGGAGAGCAGCAUGAGAGCGGGACAGAGCCGGAGCUGGAGAGGACCACAAAGCCUUAAGCUGACUUUUAGAAGGAAAUAGGACUCUGUCUGGAUUUUUUUUCGUUUUUUUUGCUUAGUUUUCUCAUCCUCUUCCAAUACUCCCCCUUCCCCUUUCCCCCCUCCUUCCCCUUUUCCCCUCCAUCCUUUAGCAGUCGUACUCCACCUUCAGCUUCUGCUUCAGGCGGCGUCUCCGGGCAUGCUCCUUAAGCCAAAGUAUGGCCGCUUUCGCAAUGAGUCUGUGACCUCCUCUGACGACCUGAUGCAAAGCUUAACCAUGAGCAGCAAAGUUGUGGCCACGCCAGUGGUCCCGUCCGCCACCCCAAGCCUUCCUCUUCCUCCUUUGCCUCCUUUGGACCCCAAUGCCCGGUCCUCCUCCUCCUCUGCUGGGGCUGCAGCUUUGGCCGACUCCCCUUGCCUCGAUGGGGAGCAAGAUGCCACUACGACGUUCUGCAUGCUCAUCCCCAGGAUGCCCCAGUGGAAGUUCUCCAACUCUCUGCUCAGCAGAAGCCCAUCUAACUCAAGUUCCAGCUCCAACUCUAGCAAGGACUCGGGCAAGGCAGCAGGAGCUCCAUCCCAGGCCUCCUCCACGUCCACACCAUCACUCAGGCCCAUUGGUUCGACUCCCGCCAGUGGACCGGUGGCCAGCCUUGCAGCUGUGCUUAACUCCUGUGACCCUGUGUGUGUCACCCCCUGUUCCCUUCAGGCCAUCCGGGGGCAGCGAGCAGUUGCAGCUGCAAAUUCUGCCGCCGGCGCGGCGGGUCAUGAAUUUGGAACCCCGGAGCUCAUGGUGAGCCCCGGUGCCGCCAGCAGCUCCAGGUCAGGAAUGAACCGCAGGACAAGAGGGGAAGGCAUGUGGCUUGGGGGAGAGGACUUCAGCCACAAAGGCAACUUCAUCAACAAACCCUCUCAGGGCUGGCUGCACCCCGACAAGAAGAUUGCAGGACAGGGGGCCUCGUACAUAGUGAGGUACAUGGGCUGCAUUGAGGUGCUGAAGUCGAUGCGCUCGCUGGAUUUCAACACAAGGACUCAAGUGACGAGAGAAGCCAUCAACAGGCUGUGUGAAGCUGUGCCGGGGGGCCGGGGGGUCUGGAGGAAGAAGGCUUUUAACAAAGCUCUGCAGACAGUCAUGGGGAAGAGUAACCUGCGAUUCGCAGGCAUGAGCAUCGCAGUCAACAUCUCUGUGGACGGGCUUGGCCUGCUCAUCCCGACCACUCGACAGGUGAUUGCACACCACCCCAUGCAGUCAAUUUCCUUUGCCUCUGGGGGAGACUCGUUUGAUGUCCUGAUCCAGGAAUGGCUUAUUUUAAGACGUGGAAUAUUUGACUCUUUGUUGCAGGACACACCUGAUUAUGUUGCAUAUGUGGCCAAAGAUCCAGUUAACAAAAGAGCUUGCCACAUCCUGGAGUGCUCGGACGGCUUGGCCCCAAGCGUCAUCAGCACCAUCGGCCAGGCCUUCGAGCUGCAGUUCAAGCAGUAUCUGCACAGCCCCCCUAAAAGCAUGGGCUCUUUGGAGAGGUCCGUCAGGCCAGAGGAGCCGGUGUGGGGGGACGAUGAGGACCCCUCAGAGCACGACUACUACAACAGCAUCCCAGGGAAGGAGCCUCCGAUUGGGGGAGUCGUGGACUCCAGACUACGACCUGCUGGAGCUCUUCUGGGUCACGUCCACACCCAACCGCCCAGCAAACAAGCCCCCCAGGCAGGCUCAACAGUUAAAAGGGAGCAAGCGUCUUAUGCGGCUUCUCAGCUGUGUUAUGAGCUUCACUGGGACACUGACAUGACCUGCAGCUCAGACGGGUACCUGUGUGCUGACGGUCAACCAACAGGCAUCAAGGACUACGAGGAGCAUCAGUAUGUCAACACCCAAAGUCUGGAACAUCUGGAUGCUCAGGGUGCAGAUGGCCAAAGGGGGCCAAACGACAGUCCUAAGAAGGACCUCUUUGACAUGAGGCCCUUUGAGGAUGCCUUGAAACUUCACAAGGCUUGUGGUGGAGCUGGUUCACAAGCUGGAGGGGGGGUUGUUCCCAUUCUGGAGGACCAGUGGCCCAGCCCUCCUCGACGCAGAGCCCCCGUAGCCCCCAAUGAGGAGCAGCUCCGCAGGGAGCCCUGGUACCACAGCCGCAUGAGCCGGCGGGAUGCUGAGAAACUGCUGGUGCGAGACGGAGACUUCCUGGUUCGCGAGAGCACCACCAACCCGGGGCAGUACGUCCUAACGGGGAUGCACUGCGGCCUGCCCAAACAUCUGCUGCUGGUGGACCCCGAGGGAGUGGUUCGGACCAAAGACAUGCUGUUUGAGAGCAUAAGUCAUCUUAUAUCAUACCACCUGAAGAACGGGCUGCCGAUCGUGGCGGCAGAGAGUGAGCUUCAUCUGAAACAAGUGGUCAGGAGGAAGCAGUGAGUCUCUCGUAUAUUUCAGCAAACUCUAAAAUCUGAAUAUGGAAAUCCUUUCUUCAGGUUUUCGGAAGCUCUUCUUCUGCUUUUCCCCAUCGAUCCAAACUCCCCACAAGAGACAGGCGUCCGAAAUCAUCUGGAGCUUCUGUUGCGUCCUGGUUGCCAUGCCAACUCAAAUGUUUGACAUCAGUUCCAUAGCAGCCAGAGUUAGGAGUGUGUCCUGGCAGAGCAGCAAACUCAUCGAGGUGAACUGACGAGGAGGAAUUGAAUUCAGCAGUAGAAUAAAGUGUUCGCAUUGGAAGGAGUUUUGUCCCGCGGAGAUGUUUGCCAUGCAAUGCUAAGAAGGGAACCAACUCCCCUGUGUCCAAGGAUCAUCCUUUUACCUGAGACGGACAACAACAGAACUGAAAGUGGUUUUCUGAUUUGGACGUUAAGACUGCAUGAAGCAUCUCAGAAGAAGAAGACUGGCUCUUUGGACUGACGUCUUCAUCGAUCCGCAGCGUCUUUUUUUGGUCCAAAGGAAACACAUCUCAGCGCUGCAUUGGGGAAACAGCGGCAAAUUUGCCCUUUUUCAAAGCAUUAGUUAAAUAGGAGAAUAAGACGCAGCAACGCAGCGAUGAAAAGGCUCCAGCUGAUCUCCCCUCCACACACGUUCCUCGCAUUUUUCUGCUCCAACACCCCUGACUGAUGGUACUGCAGGUGAAGAUGAGCUAAAUCAGGACGAGAACAGAACGGGAUCGUGGGAAGCUGACUCAGCCAUUUCAUUUGUGACUCGUUUAUGUUUCUGAUUGUAAGAAAUCGGUCACAAUCUGAAAAAGUGUAACUGGGAAGGGUGCAUUGUGUUUCAAACUGAACCUCUGCAUUCAAACUGUCUGUAUUCAUGCGUUCUCAGACUCCUACUUUAGUGCCUUAAUAACUGUGCUGACAGGCUUGUGUGUCAGUGUGUAUAUAAUGUGCAUUUAUGCUCCUAAUGGAAAACAAAAAUGGGUCUUGCUUUGCCAAUGAAUGCAAAAUACUUCAGGAUUCUUUAGUUCUGCGUCACGCUAGAACUAACCAUCGACUGUACGUGAGAACUGGACAGAGCGAGUGUGAUGUCAUCCAUAGAAAAUUGUUUCCAACCAAAUGAAGUCAACUCAGUUGCCAUUUUUUCACGAUAUUGAUGCCGCCAUAUUGGAGCCAGACUUCCUUGUCAUGGGGGAUUGGUCAGAGUCGGUAUGAGCCAAUGUUUCUUUGGCAACCACUCUCACCAAUCAGGAGUGAACUUGUUGGAAGGCCACACCCCUACCACUAAAAAGCAGGCUACAUGAAAUCUGUUAAACGUUUUGAAGUGGUGGCCAGCAAUGUUAAUAACCUGAAUUAUAGAAAAAACAAUGAAAAGAUGAACAAGAACCAAUAGAAUGACUGAGUAACAGCUGUUUAUUUCUCCAUAGAGGUCAAUGGGAUUCUGGCUUCUUGGAGCCAGAAGGUACUUCCUCUUUGGAAAUCCCAGGGGGGAGGGGCCAAUCAGUCCAGUUCUCUUAUGCAGUCAAUCGUACUGACAGACGUUUGGAGCUGUCUUGAUGGUUCUUGUCAUACAUCAGAGGUUUCUUUUCAUAAAAGUCAUCCUUUCUUUUCUGAUCCCACAGAAGAAACUUGAUUUGAGAUCUUCUGAUUGGCCCGUCUCAGGGAAUAUCAAAUCAUAAAGAUUGUCCUUUGUCUGUAGAUAAUGUUCAUGUCAGCAGUUUCAACAAUUGAUAAACCCGGUUAUUUCAGAGGAUCUACAGUGGAACCAUCUCGUCAUUCCAAAUAUGAGGAACUUUGAAAGCUCAGCCAUCUGGUGGUCAGGAAAAUGCUGAAAACUGUAGAAUAACAAGUGAAAAUGGUUGAGGAGCCAACUACUCAACUAUGUUUAAAGUAAAAAAACGAGUUUUAAGACCUACAGGCAUAAAUGAACAAGUGUUGCACUGAUCAGCACUGCUAAGUGUGUAUUUAUUUGUUACGUUUUUAUUAGAGGCAAAUCAGUCAAACAUGCUGGACAAACACAAUAAAGGAUUGUUUUAAAUUGCAAAAAUA